AUGUCCGGCAACACAGAGACCUUCGGCUUCGCCGCCGACAUCAGCCAGCUGCUCGACCUCAUCAUCAACACCUUCUACUCUAACAAGGAGAUCUUCCUGCGUGAGCUCAUCUCCAACUCGUCCGAUGCGCUCGACAAGGUGCGCUACAAUGCGCUCACCGACCCCUCGGUGCUCGAGUCCGAAAAGGAGCUCUACAUCCGCAUCACCCCGGACAAGGAGAACAACUGCCUCACCAUCCGCGACACCGGUAUCGGCAUGACCAAGGCCGACCUCGUCAACAACAUCGGCACCAUCGCCAAGUCCGGCACCAAGGCCUUCAUGGAGGCCCUCAGCUCCGGCGCCGACAUCUCCAUGAUCGGCCAGUUUGGCGUCGGCUUCUACUCGGCCUACCUCGUCGCCGAAAAGGUCCAGAUCAUCACCAAGAACAACGACGACGAGCAGUACAUCUGGGAGUCCGCCGCAGGCGGCACCUUCACCAUCACCCAGGACACCGUCAACCCCUCCAUCGGCCGCGGUACCGAGAUGCGCCUCUUCCUCAAGGAGGACCAGCAGGAGUACCUCGAGGACAAGCGCAUCCGCGAGAUCGUCAAGAAGCACUCGGAGUUCAUCUCCUACCCCAUCCAGCUCGUCGUCACCAAGGAGGUCGAGGUCGAGGUCGAGGAGGAGGAGGAGCAGCAGCAGGACGACACCGCCGACGACGCCGAGAAGAAGGCCAAGAUCGAGGAGGUCGACGACGAGGACGCCAAGAAGGACAACAAGCCCAAGAAGAAGGUCAAGGAGCUCAAGACCGAGCAGGAGGAGCUCAACAAGACCAAGCCCCUCUGGACGCGCGACCCCAAGCAGAUCACCGCCGACGAGUACUCGGCCUUCUACAAGUCGCUCUCCAACGACUGGGAGGACCACCUCGCCGUCAAGCACUUCUCCGUCGAGGGCCAGCUCGAGUUCAAGGCGCUCCUCUUUGUGCCCAAGCGCGCCCCCUUCGAUCUCUUUGAGACCAAGAAGAAGCGCAACAACAUCAAGCUCUACGUCCGCCGCGUCUUCAUCAUGGACGACUGCGAGGACAUCAUCCCCGAAUACCUCAACUUUGUCAAGGGCAUCGUCGACUCGGAGGACCUGCCCCUCAACAUCUCGCGCGAGACGCUCCAGCAGAACAAGAUCCUCAAGGUCAUCCGCAAGAACGUCGUCAAGAAGACCCUCGACAUGAUCUCCGAGAUCGCCGAGGACAAGGACAACUUUGCCAAGUUCUACGAGGCCUUUGGCAAGAACCUCAAGCUCGGCAUCCACGAGGACGCCACCAACCGCGCCAAGCUCGCCGAGUUCCUCCGCUUCCACUCGACCAAGUCGGGCGAGGAGCAGACCUCGCUCAAGGACUACAUCACCCGCAUGCCCCAGGACGGCAAGAACAACCAGAUCUUCUACCUCACCGGCGAGUCGCUCGCCUCGAUCCGCGACUCGCCCUUCCUGGAGCGCCUCAAGAAGAAGGGCCUCGAGGUGCUCCUCAUGGUCGACCCCAUCGACGAGUACGCCGUGACGCAGCUCAAGGAGUUUGAGGGCAAGAAGCUCGUCUGCGUCUCCAAGGAAGGCCUCGAGCUCGAGGAGUCGGACGACGAGAAGAAGCAGCGCGAGGAGGACACCAAGAACUGCGAGGACCUGUGCAAGACGGUCAAGGAGAUCCUCGGCGACAAGGUCGAGAAGGUCGUCGUCUCGAACCGCAUCGUCGGCUCGCCCUGCGUGCUCGUCACCAACACCUUUGGCUGGUCGGCCAACAUGGAGCGCAUCAUGAAGGCGCAGGCGCUGCGCGACUCGAGCAUGUCGCAGUACAUGGCCGCCAAGAAGACGCUCGAGCUGAACCCGUCCAACCCGAUCGUCAAGGAGCUCGCCGCCAAGUCGAGCCAGGACAAGAACGACACCACCGUCCGCGACCUCACCGUGCUGCUCUACGAGACCGCCCUGCUCACCUCGGGCUUCACCCUCGAGCAGCCGCACGACUUUGCCAACCGCCUCUACAAGCUCAUCUCGCUCGGUCUUUCCAUCGACGACGCCGGCCUCGAGGCCGACGCUGCUGACGACAAGGUCGAGGCUGCCACCGAGGAGGUGGCUGGCGAGUCGGCCAUGGAGUCGAUCGACUAA